UGGUAUGAAGCGACGGGGCAGAGUGAAGACGAUGCCGCUAAGCAUCUUGUUACUGACCAUUUUAUUCACGUUGACAGCUGCUCAAACAUGCGAUGAGAAUGCAGAGUGUGUUUCAAACACAGGGUUAUUCCUCAACAACCAUCUGUUGGGAAACGGGGUCCUGUGUUCAAUUUUCUUCAGCUCGUGCCAGCCGAACCCAGUACAGACACCAACAACAGGUUGUACUUGUGUAUGUAGAAACGGAUUUACUGGGGACGGAACCACGUGUACAGAUGUCGACGAAUGUGCCGAUUCCCCUUGUCCAAACCAACAAUGUAUCAACACUAUAGGCAGUUAUCAAUGUGUUGAUGAUAUAGACGAGUGUUCUCUGGAUAUCGAUAACUGCGCAGAAAAUUCCACGUGUGCUAACACUGUGGGUAGCUAUACCUGCACGUGCCUCAACGGUUUUACUGGUGAUGGCACAACGUGUGAGGAUAUAGACGAAUGUGCACUAAACAAUACAUCUACAUCACAGGACUUAAAUGAUCGUAAGCGAAGAUCUAUCGGCGAAAUUCACGUACUCAAUGAAUUACAGCGUCGUGGAAAUGUUAAAAGAAGAAAAAGACAAUUAAUCCAAUUUGGUUCAAAUGUACGUCAAAACUGGUGGCCAGCAGUAAGGACAACAACAGUGGUACGUAUAAUUACAACAACCCCAUCGCCUACACCUGAAUCAACACAGGCAAUAAUUGGAGGAACAACAGCGACAUUUCCUCCGAAUACAAUUACAUCAAAUAAUUGCGCUCAAAAUGCUUUAUGCGUAAACACCGUGGGUAGUUUCACUUGCGCGUGCAAAGACGGUUUCACCGGNUAG